UAAGUUAAAUAUCACGUUUAGUUAGCUGCUAUAUAUAUAAAUAAAUCAAAAUGAAAAAGCCUAACACAAAACCCUAAUAUCUCUCUCAUACAUAGACGUUGAGCAUGAUUAGUCUACAGCAACACGCAAGGCGUAUUCUCCCUCACAGCAGCAAGGCUCGUCGUCUCUUCUGCUCCAACACAAACCGAACCAUAUGGGCGUCGAAUCAAACCUUGCAGAGCCGGAUCGAGUCGGCUUUAAAUGAGAAGGCAAAGAUCAGUACGGUGCUUGAGCAAUGGAGACAACAAGGGAACACGUUGAAUCCUUCUCUGGUGAGAGGAAUCUUCGAAAAGCUCCGCGACUCCAAGCGGUAUCCACAAGCCCUAGAGGUAUCACAGUGGAUGACUGAAAGAAAGAUAUGCACUCUCGUACCGGAGGAUUACACCGCACGUUUCGAUCUGGUCGAGAGUGUGUUAGGUUUAGAAGAAGCGGAGAAGUUCUUGGAGAGGGUCCCUGAGAAUCUGAGAGGUGAGCCUAUGUACACUGCUCUACUAAAGAGCUACGCAAAGUCUGGUAAGAAGACUCUCGACAGAGCAGAAGCUGCUUUCGAGAAGAUGAGAGAGCUAGGUCUGCUCUUGAAGCCUUCACCGUACAGCUCCAUGACCUCUCUCUACGGCUCUGUUGGAAACCGAGUUAAGAUAGAUGAGAUUCUGCGAGAGAUGAAGGACAACGAUGUUAAGCUUGAUAGCCACACCGUGAGCAACGUUUUGCGAGCGUACGCUGCUGAAUCUGACGUGGCGUCCAUGGAAAAGUUUCUCGUGGGUUGGGAAGAGGAAGAGACCGAAACGCUUCAGUUGCACACAGUUCUUGACAUGGCAAAGGCUUAUCUGAGGGUUGGUUCCAAGAGAGAAGCGAGAGAGAUGCUUCUUAGAGCAGAGGUGCUAAACGAACCCGCCUCCUAUGUGGAGCUAAUGAGGCUAUACGGUGAAGCUGGAAAGUGUAGUGAAGAUGUUUACCGUAUAUGGAACCUAUACAAGAAGACAGGAGAGCAGAAGAGUGAAGGGUUCCUAGCUUUGAUUAGAUCUCUCUGUCUUCUUGAUGAUACCAAAGGAGCAGCAGAAAUGUACUACAAAGAGUACGUGUCUUCCGGUCUUGAGUUUGAUGUCCGGAUCCCAACUACGUUGGUGUCUGCUUUCCGCAAAAAGGGUAUGGUGAGAGAGGCAGAUAACUUGACUAACAAGACUUUAAGGAACAAAGAACUUGCUGAUAAAGAAAUCACUCCCUUGCUGAAAGAGUGGGGGAAGCCUUCGGAGUUGAGAGACCUCAUCAAGAACCUUAAAGAUUCAAAUCAGUUCUCUAAAGCACUUGAGGCAUCUUCAUGGCUUUGUGAUCAAAAGGUGAUUAGUCUUUUCCCGGAAGAUUAUGCUGAUAGGCUUGACCUAACCGAGAAAGUGUUUGGUCUGAAAGAAGCUGAUGAGUUUUUCGAAAAAGGCAUCCCUGAGAAGAUGAAGGGCUUCUCUGUCUACUCCACACUCUUGAACUCAUACACGAGAUCUUACCAAAAUUUUGAUAAAGCUGAGGCUAUCUUUGAGAAGAUGGGAGAGCUAGGUUUCCUCACCAAACUCUCACCGUUUAAGUCCAUGAUAUCUCUCUACAGCGUGCUAUGGAAACGAGUCGAGAUUGAUAAUCUUCUAAGGAAGAUGAAGGAGAAGAACAUAGAGCCGGAUAGUGCCACAAUGAACUGCGUUUUGAGAGCAAAGGCUUAUGCAUCAGCCGUUGACUUGAUGGACGAGCAUAAGAGCCAAUGGGUUGAUGAUGGAGAGCUCAAGCUUGAAGUGGAAACGAUGGAAGCAAUGGCAGCGGCUUACGAGAAAGCAGGAUCAAUACUAAAGGCGGUAGAGAUGACAACGAGUACACAAGAAGUGUACCGUCUAAGGGACACGAUUGAAAAGAUGGGUAAUGAAGAGUAUGUGAGCGUGAUUAGGUCUUUGUUGAAGCUUGGUGAUGUAAAAGGAGCAGAAGAGAUGUAUGGAGAGUGGGCACAAUCAAAAGGAGGAGAAGAGUUCGAUGCUAGGAUACCUGGUUUGCUAAUCGCACGUUAUUGCGAGGUCGAAGGUGAUGAAACGAAGGCGAGGCAAAUGCUGAAUUCGAGUAGACGGAAGGUGGAUGAGACGGAGUUUGAGCUGUUCAUGAAAGAUAUGGGGUGGACUCUUCUCUUUAUACCGGCGGUUAUGCUGUGUACAACCUUCCCCCCUUUGAUUUUUAUAUUAAUGCUAGGUCUUCCUGAAUUUUGCCCUAGCCAAUUUAUUUUAGUUGUCUAG